AACAAACGGGCCUUAGUUAACUACGCACACCCCUGUCCAUAACCAUUUCUCCACACACAUAAGAAACUAGGGUUUCAGUAUUCAUUCACUGUGUGCGUGUGUUCUUGCCGCCCCUAGCUAAAUCUGCAAACAUGGCUACCCAAAUGAGCAAAAAGCGAAAGUUCGUCGCUGACGGAGUUUUCUUCGCUGAAUUGAAUGAGGUUUUGACAAGAGAGCUUGCUGAAGAUGGUUAUUCUGGUGUUGAAGUUAGGGUUACCCCUAUGCGCACUGAGAUCAUCAUCAGGGCUACUCGUACCCAAGCUGUUCUCGGCGAGAAGGGAAGGAGGAUUAGAGAGCUGACCUCAGUUGUGCAGAAGAGGUUCAAGUUUCCUGAAAACAGUGUUGAGCUUUACGCUGAGAAGGUCAACAACAGGGGACUUUGUGCCAUUGCUCAGGCUGAGUCUCUCCGCUACAAGCUUCUCGGCGGUCUUGCUGUUCGCAGGGCCUGCUAUGGUGUGUUGAGGUUUGUCAUGGAAAGUGGUGCCAAGGGUUGUGAGGUUAUUGUCAGUGGAAAAUUGAGGGCCCAAAGAGCCAAAUCCAUGAAGUUCAAAGACGGUUACAUGAUUUCUUCUGGACAACCAGUCAAGGACUACAUUGACUCUGCUGUGAGACAUGUUCUCCUUAGACAGGGUGUUCUCGGCAUUAAGGUGAAGAUCAUGCUCGACUGGGAUCCUAAAGGAAAGCAGGGCCCUAAAACUCCCCUCCCUGAUAUUGUCACCAUUCACACUCCAAAGGAAGAGGAGGAGUACAUCAGGCCUGCUGCUGUUGUGGCCAAUGAUAUCGAGGUCCCUGUCCCAGUCCCUGUUGUUUGAAAAUGUUUCGAUUUGCUUUGGAGUAGACCUUUUAAUUAGCGAUGCGUCUGGUUUGACUGUUUUGUUACAUUCAGUAAUUGUUAUCAAAGACUUCUGCAAUUUUUGUAGUUUUCAGUGUUUGUUGUCCAAGACCUUCGCAAUUUUUGUAGUUUCAGAUUUUCUAAAAUAUUGUUAUACUAAGUUGCAACUUUGCAAGUAUUUAAGCAUUAAUUAAUUGUUAUUUUUUAA